AUGGAGGAGGUUGCACAAGGCAGGGUGUGGACUGACAAUGAUGCAGUUUUACUAGGUUUAGUUGAUGCAAUUGGUGGGCUUUCUCGAGCUGUUCCUAUAGCCAAACAAAAGGCAAAUAUACCUCAGGAUCAGGAGGUUACUCUUGUUGAGCUGGUUAAACCAUCGCCAUCGCUGCCAGAGAUUUUAACUAGCGUAGGAAACUCUCUCGUCAGAGCAGACAGAAUUUUGAAACAACUAUUGGAUGAAUUGGCAGUUUCUGAUGGAAUUCAAGCGCGCAUGGACGGGAUUAUGUUUCAAAAGUUGGAAGGGGCUGAUUAUUCCAGUCCUAUAUUGACAAUGGUGAAAGAUUACCUGGGUUCACUGUGACUUCAAUGUAGAAUUGUUCGCGUCCAAAUGUUUCAUUUUGUUUACGCUUCUGUCCAUCGGGAGAAUAUAUUCCUAGAUGGGCGUUGAGACAUAUUCUUGUACAAAAAGAUCUCUACACCGUGUACACGAACGCAAAUUGAAAAAUGAGGGU